AUGUCUGACAAGCUCCAACGAACCAUUACCCGUUUCCGCGCAAAGAUCGAUGCCGGCUCAUAUUAUGAAGCCCACCAGACGGUGCGUAUAAUCACGAAUCGGUAUGUGAAGGCAAAACAGUAUUCUGAUGCAAUCGAUCUUCUCUAUCAAGCUGCAUCUAUUUUGGCUGCAAAAUCCGAAUAUGCAUCGGCUACCGACUUGAUAAUAUAUUUGUUGGCUGUAUACUCGGAAGCAGGCAUAAUAUGCGACGCCGCCCACAAAGAAUACAAGAUGAAGUUGAUUGAAUUGGUGAACCAAUUACCUCAAACAGACCCCGCAUUGGCUGAUUUGGCGAAAAAAUCCACCAAUUGGAGUCAGGAAAAUACGGAAAAUAAAUUUGGAGACGCCGAUCUUCAUCAUUUAUUCGGUCUCAAGUUUUUAGGCGCCAUAAGAAAGUCCACUGCCACGAAUGACGAAAAAUCAAAAUUAUUUGCUAUUGCAGAAUUACACUGCGUGUUGGGUACCAGUGAAUCUCGGGAUGCAUAUUGUCAAUUUUUGUACGAUGUGUGGGCUAUAAAUGGCGGGGAUCCAGGAAUAUUCAUGGCUCGUGGUGCUUUGAACUAUGGAUACCUUAAGAACGUGACAUUUGCACAAGAAUUUGUUCACCAAUUCAUCAAACUUAUUGGCGCCAAUGAGUUCAAGCAAGAGGGAGGAAUCAGCUACAAUGAAAAUUAUCCACUUUGCAAUUUCGUCCAGCUCUUGGUAUUAACCCUCUCCAAAGAGGAAGCAGGAAACAAGUUUCUCAAGUUACUCGAUCACUAUAAACCAAACCUUGAAAAAGCCCAACUUGUGGCUCCAGUGGAGUAUUUGGGAAAGACAUAUUUCCAGUUGAAACUAGGAAAUACCGGAGGUCAAAACAUGUUUGCUAAUAUGAUGGGAGGGUUAUUUAAAUAA